AUGCUGGGACGGUGGUUGUAUCAUGACAAGACUUCAGGAAAACUGACAUGCUGGGACUGGUGGUUGUAUCAUGACGAGAGUUCAGGAAAACUGACACGCUGGGACUGGUGGUUGUAUCAUGACGAGAGCUCGGGAAAACUGACAUGCUGGGACUGGUGGUUGUAUCAUGACGAGAGUUCAGGAAAACUGACAUGCUGGGACUGGUGGUUGUAUCAUGACGAGAGUUCAGGAAAACUGACAUGCUGGGACUGGUGGUUGUAUCAUGACAAGAGUUCAGGAAAACUGACAUGCUGGGACUGGUGGUUGUAUCAUGACGAGAGUUCAGGAAAACUGACACGCUGGGACUGGUGGUUGUAUCAUGACGAGAGCUCGGGAAAACUGACAUGCUGGGACUGGUGGUUGUAUCAUGACGAGAGUUCAGGAAAACUGACAUGCUGGGACUGUUGGUUGUAUCAUGACGAGAGUUCAGGGAAACUGACAUGCUGGGACUGGUGGUUGUAUCAUGACGAGAGCUCGGGAAAACUGACAUGCUGGGACUGGUGGUUGUAUCAUGACGAGAGUUCAGGAAAACUGAGAUGCUGGGACUGGUGGUUGUAUCAUGACGAGAGUUCAGGAAAACUGAGAUGCUGGGACUGGUGGUUGUAUCAUGACAAGAGUUCAGGAAAACUGACAUGCUGGGACUGGUGGUUGUAUCAUGACAAGAGUUCAGGAAAAUUGACAUGCUGGGACUGGUGGUUGUAUCAUGACGAGAGCUCAGGAAAACUGACAUGUUGGGACUGGUGGUUGUAUCAUGACGAGAGUUCAGGAAUAUUGACAUGCUGGGACUGGUGGUUGUAUCAUGACGAGAGUUCAGGAAAACUGAGAUGCUGGGACUGGUGGUUGUAUCAUGACAAGAGUUCAGGAAAAUUGACAUGCUGGGACUGGUGGUUGUAUCAUGACAAGACUUCAGGAAAACUGACAUGCUGGGACUGGUGGUUGUAUCAUGACGAGAGUUCAGGAAAACUGACACGCUGGGACUGGUGGUUGUAUCAUGACGAGAGCUCGGGAAAACUGACAUGCUGGGACUGGUGGUUGUAUCAUGACGAGAGUUCAGGAAAACUGACAUGCUGGGACUGGUGGUUGUAUCAUGACGAGAGUUCAGGGAAACUGACAUGCUGGGACUGGUGGUUGUAUCAUGACGAGAGCUCGGGAAAACUGACAUGCUGGGACUGGUGGUUGUAUCAUGACGAGAGUUCAGGAAAACUGACACGCUGGGACUGGUGGUUGUAUCAUGACGAGAGCUCGGGAAAACUGACAUGCUGGGACUGGUGGUUGUAUCAUGACGAGAGUUCAGGAAAACUGACAUGCUGGGACUGGUGGUUGUAUCAUGACGAGAGUUCAGGGAAACUGACAUGCUGGGACUGGUGGUUGUAUCAUGACGAGAGCUCGGGAAAACUGACAUGCUGGGACUGGUGGUUGUAUCAUGACGAGAGUUCAGGAAUAUUGACAUGCUGGGACUGGUGGUUGUAUCAUGACGAGAGUUCAGGAAAACUGAGAUGCUGGGACUGGUGGUUGUAUCAUGACAAGAGUUCAGGAAAAUUGACAUGCUGGGACUGGUGGUUGUAUCAUGACAAGAGUUCAGGAAAAUUGACAUGCUGGGACUGGUGGUUGUAUCAUGACGAGAGCUCAGGAAAACUGACAUGUUGGGACUGGUGGUUGUAUCAUGACGAGAGUUCAGGAAAACUGAGAUGCUGGGACUGGUGGUUGUAUCAUGACAAGAGCUCGGGAAAACUGACAUGCUGGGACUGGUGGUUGUAUCAUGACGAGAGUUCAGGAAAAUUGACAUGCUGGGACUGGUGGUUGUAUCAUGACGAGAGCUCGGGAAAACUGACAUGCUGGGACUGGUGGUUGUAUCAUGACAAGUGUUCAGGAAAACUGACAUGCUGGGACUGGUGGUUGUAUCAUGACGAGAGUUCAGGAAAACUGACAUGCUGGGACUGGUGGUUGUAUCAUGACAAGAGUUCAGGAAAACUGACAUGCUGGGACUGGUGGUUGUAUCAUGACAAGAGUUCAGGAAAACUGACAUCCUGGGACUGGUGGUUGUAUCAUGACAAGAGUUCAGGAAAAUUGACAUGCUAG